AUAUUUCCUUAGUGUCCAACUCCAACACACGCAAACAACAUUUUCUCUCACCGGAGUUGUUAGCAGGCUUGGCCUUUUAUAUUUCUCUCUUUGUUUUAUUUAAGAACCCUAAACUCCAAAAUCAAGUAAUCAACCCUUACUUAGCUGCCAAGUGUCACUAACCCAUUUCCCAGAAGACUCCUCCUCUUCCUCUUCCUCUUCCUCUGCCUCCCCAAUAAACACUUUUAACAUUCUCUGUUUCAUGCUGUGCAGAAACACCCUUUCAUUCCUUCUUCUUCAUCACCCGAUUCUCCACCAUGUUCAGGAUCCUUAACUUACGCCUCAGGCGCUUCUGCUCUCGUCUCCGGUGGUCGAUUCGCCGUAGGCCCAGGUCCAAAAUCAUAAUCAGGAAAUUUGGGAAAACUAACUCCUUCACUCGAAGUGAUUCCACUAAUGGGUCUGCCGUUGUUCAUCCGAAUGGCCAAUUAGAUAAUCUGAAAACCGAGGUGAAGCCUAUAAAGAUAGCAACUUUCAAUGCUGCCCUUUUCUCAAUGGCUCCUGCAGUACCUAAAACACUAGACUUUGAGAAUGAAGAUCACCAAAUGGGUACAAGGUCUACAGAUGUUAUGUUGCGUACGAAGUCCGCAAAUGAUCGGCCAAAGAGCAUACUAAAGCAGUCGCCCCUUCAUCCCAAUUCCAUGAAUAGUGAUGAUAAUCUUUCCAGGCAGAAAAAGUUUCCUAAAUCGAGAUUAAGGGUAUCCAUCAAUUUGCCAGAUAAUGAGAUUUCAUUACUGAGAAACAGGAAACUGGAGUUUAUGGAAGACAAGGAGACAAUUAAAGGUAGCAAUCUGACUACAAUUCUGAGAGGAAAGGCCCAUAUGAGGUCACAGAGUGCGAUUUUUGCGAAUAUAGUUGAUGGAGACAACUAUUGGAGUACAAGAACGGUGGUUGAAGUGUUGAAAGAAUUGGAUGCUGAUGUAUUGGCUCUGCAAGAUGUGAAAGCAGAGGAGGAGAAAGAAAUGAAGCCUCUUUCAGAUUUGGCUGCUGCUUUGGGAAUGAAUUAUGUAUUUGCAGAGAGCUGGGCUCCUGAGUACGGCAAUGCUAUUUUGUCCAAAUGGCCAAUUAAGAGAUGGAAAGUGCAGAAGAUUUUUGACGAUACUGAUUUCAGAAAUGUUCUAAUGGCCACAAUCGAUGUGCCAGAGAAAGGAGAGGCCAAUUUCUACUGCACCCAUCUGGAUCACCUUGACGAGAACUGGCGGAUGAAGCAAAUAAAUGCCAUAAUACAGUCUAACGAUGGUCCUCAUAUCUUGGCUGGAGGUCUCAAUUCCCUUGAUGAGACGGAUUACUCUGCAGAGAGGUGGAUGGAUAUUGUGAAGUACUAUGAGGAGAUGGGAAAGCCAACGCCAAAGGUUGAGGUGAUGAGAUUUCUGAAGAGUAAGCAUUACACAGAUGCUAAGGAGUUUGCAGGAGAAUGCGAGCCGGUGGUUAUGAUAGCUAAAGGGCAAAACGUGCAAGGGACCUGCAAGUAUGGGACUCGGGUUGAUUACAUAUUGGCUUCCUCAAAUUCACCAUACAAGUUCGUUCCAGGGUCGUACUCAGUGUUGUCUUCAAAAGGAACAUCUGAUCAUCACAUCGUUAAAGUUGAUAUGAUAAUGGUGAAUAGCAGUAGCGAUGAAGAAAACGUCUCCAGAAAGAGACACCAACCUAAACAGAGAGUUGUAAAAAUAACAAGUUCUUCUCCUUCUAAAGCUGUUUGGAAAGCUCCAACAUGAGAUGGAUAAAUAAAUCUUUCUUUGGUUUCCUUGACGGGAAAUACGAGGAAGCAGUGAAUUUUGGACCUGGUUUUAACUUCCUAAUUUUUACUUGUGUAAAUCACCGUAACAAUAGGAAAAAUGAAGGUAUUUGUGUAUGUGGUGGCAGUUUCGUUAUUAUCUGUAUAGCUUUAGGGGAAAAUUUGAGAAAAUGGAAACUAAAAUUCAGAAAGUGCUUCAAUUUUUGUCUGGGGAUUAUUUUAGUAUAAAUAGUAAUGUGAUUAUUGAGUUGGCAUUAAGAAUAUAGGUUGAGUUGGCAUUAAGAAUAUAGGUGGAGCUGGAAUAUCUGAGUGGUUGGUGAAAUUGUUAGUUGUAUAGUAGAAAGGAGUUGUACAAAUAAUAAUUGAAUCUUUCCAGCUGGUUUUGAAGGUGU